UAGGCAGGACCCCUCCUACGAGAAGCCGCAGUCGGGCUCGAACUCCGAACCCGUUGGAAACCAUCGCGUUUAGAACGUUACCAACUGUUUUUCAGUGCACUUAAGGCCCAAGUUUGCUUCGGGAGAGCGACUGGACACCGCAAAAGACAACUUCGUUACCAGCGUCAAAUUGCUCUUGUUGUUUCCCCAUUCAAGUUUUUGUAAAACCUCUGUCGAUCCGAUUCUAAUUCGAGCUUCGGCUUCACCCUUGUGCUUCCGAGAAAAGUGAACCUCUUUUCGUGAAUUCUGAUUCAUUACGAUUGCUGACAGCACCUGUGAGAGUGCAGCGAAUUGCAGUGACAGCAGGAAUUUAAUCCCGAAGGGUGAAGGACUAGGAUAUUCGAGCGACAAAGAUUAUCGAGGCAGCUGACAUUCGCGGAAUAAAAGGAAAAGUAGAUUUCAGAUAAUGAAGCUUAUACGACUGAUAGCGUUAAUUGUUUCGAUACCCGGAUGCUUGGCCCUACCACCGACUCAGUCCUCGAGUAGGGGGCCCGUGAGGCCCAAACAAACGACGUCAAUAUCCACUAAUGCGGCUACAUCAACCACAACAGCCAUUAUGACCAACGUUUCAACUGAAGCAAGGGUAAAAACCUCUGCUUCAACGAGUGCCACUACCGCUACAAAAAAAUCGAUGUCCGUCAAGGAAGCGACCGUCACGCCACCUACCUCCGCGAAAGAAACCCGUGAAUCUCCCGGAAAAAUUCGACCGCAAAUCAAACUGACCACCAAUUACACCAGCGCUAGCGAGACUGGAGUCCGACUGCCAGAAGGUGCAAGUGCAGCAUUAGCCAAACCAACCAAGUACCAUUACUAUCCUCACAAUCAACAUAUAUAUCUCCUGCCGGAAUGCGCAGUUCAGCAGGUUUGUAAUGCAGUUUAUGUCAGAUUGAAUUUUACACAACCUUUGUGUGCUUGUCCCGGACGCUACAGAGAUCCAUGCAGCGCAUCUCUCGAUAGCGAUGACCUACACACGACAGAACUGGUCACUGAUCCUCGUACCAAGGCGCUUACUUUGGUAAAGACGUGCGAGCCCGUUGCUGAAAUGAGAGAAUGCAGAGCUCCUAGAGAUUGGUCGUUACUCGCACUACAAAACGUGCGGACAGGAAAGUCGCAUUACCUCGUGAUCUGUCGGUGUCCCGACACAAACAUACUAGAGGGACCUAUGAGCCACGACCAGCCAACUUAUGCGAGUGUACCCGGUAUUCGUGUAUAUGGAAUGAUGUGCGUGCAAGGAAACAGAAGAGGUCGCCCAUUGCGGCAUAUUCGCAGUCUUUUAGGUUUAUUAGACGAACAAGAAUUAAUUGAAGAAAAUGAGGCGAGAGCAGCCUUCCCUUGGCAUAUGGUUCCGCACUUAAUGAAGACUGCAAACUGGGACUAAUACUCAAUAACAUUACUAAUACCUUUGCCGUUGAAUCGGCGGUGAACUAUUUAUUACGAAAAUCAUAGUGCUUCGUUCCAUUCAUUUCGAACAUUUAUUUAUAAUAUUUAUUUUAAUCGUAGCCAGAGAGUCGGGCAAUCGAUGAUCCUUCGAUUAGACUGUAAUGCGUUUUUCUAGUUUUACUCUUACGAAAGCAACAAAUAUUGCUAACGAAUUAGUUAGAAUUCGUAGAAGCUCGUUGGUAUAUGGAAAUUGCUGACACACAAAUCGACGCUCCAUAAUGAAUUAUUAUUGCAUAUUAUAGGCUACAGUUGUAAAAAAACUUCAUACCAAUUUUUUUCUUUUAAAUAUUUUUUUUUCUGUCCUGAAAAAGGUUUAGGUCCGUAUUUAAAAUUGCAAUACGAGCUCCUGAACAUAAUCGAUUUUUGCUCACGAUCUACUUCAUGCUCUCUAUCUGUGUUUUAUACGUCCAUUAUUAUUUCUAUUAUUUCUAUUGAGACGUAUUUCCUAGAAUGAUAUAGGUCUUAAAUUUUUUCUACUUAGUAUUACACAUAUUUAUAUGUGCAAUUUACUGUCAUUUCUUGUAGGUAGUAAGAUUCGAAUGAUCCUUUCCCUAGAUUUAGGUAUUUUAAUAAGUUAUGGAAUUUUGCCUCAAUGACUGCAAAUGACGAAUUGUAUUUGAAAUUGAAAUUCAGUUUCGUAUGUUUACUUAAACAAUGAAGUUAGUGCAAUUUCGACUGAUUUUCAUACCGAGAAAGAUGAUAUAAUGAAUACUCUCAAAAAUGUAAAUCGAGAGUAAUUCGUUAUGGAAUACAAAAAUGUAAAGCGUUCAAAUCAAAUGCAGUGUUCUCAAGUGAAGCCAUGGCAUCUUCUUCUUGCUAAUUAUUACUCUUAUUUGGAAUAACGAAUAAAUUAUAAGUCACAACUCUAUGUAAACGCGGGAGCGUACUUAAUACAAUUUUCUAGCGUCUUAUUAUACAAGGGUGAUCCUUGCAGUAGUAUGACCAGUAAUUCUACUUUGUAAAUAAUAAAUGUGGCAUAAGAUCGAUAAUAAAGGACUUGAGAGAA